GAAAAGGGGGAAUCCGCCCUUGCAAGGCGGCCCGCCCAGGGCCAGGGAUCCGGGGGGCUUCAGUUUGGAAAAAGGCGCUCAAACCCAAAGAAACGCAAGGGCCACAUCGUUUUACUCUUAGCAUCUCCACAUUCUUUUGAGCUGCUUUUAGAGAUAUUACCAUUAAACAACAACAAUCCUGUUCACGGUGGAUGCCCGUCAAGCCUGCCGCAGCCAGAGGGAGGCAGCUUCUCGUUGCAAUGCAGAGGGCGUCGGCGGGCCUUAGGCUCGCUGCUAGCCCCACCACUCCCAUCAAUGCUUCACAAACCACGGUCAAUCGCCAGCUGGCCACUACAAGCUGGACAGCUGGCGCUACAGGUGGAGAGCGCGCUGCAAUUUGGGCGCCCACGAGCUAUGUGCUCAGAAGUUUGAGCGAAUUGUCUUUGAUUGCCCGACAGCUAUCGUCGUCAUCUUCAGCGUUUACAAGCCGUAAUGCACUUCCUGUGUAUCUUGAGAAUGCCAACGCGGUGAGAACCGUUACCACAAGGGCGACUCUCGCAUCGCUCUCCCCGCUGGAAAAGCUGCGCGAGAAGGUGAAGAGGGAUUCCUCAAUUCUGGACAUACCGUUACCAUAUGUGGGGCAGCUGCCCGCGCAGGACCGGGUGGCCGAUGGUGGCGAGCCGGCUGAACGGGAUGAGGGGUUUAGGAUUUUAGGGUUGCGGGAGGAUCUGCUCAAGGCGGUUGAGGAAGGGCUGAGGCUGGAGCAGCCGACCGAAAUUCAGGAGAAAGCAAUCCCUGCGAUUCUUGAGGGGAAGGACAUUAUUCUUGGAAGCCAUACCGGGUCGGGCAAGACGCUGGCAUACCUGCUGCCAAUUAUCCAGGCCCUGAAAGAAGAUGAGGUGGUAGGCGGGUUCAGGGGCUCAAGGCCCCGACGGCCAAGAGCGAUUGUAUUGGGCCCCACCAGAGAGCUGACCGAACAGGUUUCGCGGGUCGCUAAGUCCCUGAGCCAUGAGUGCAAGUUCAGCUCCGCCUUGAUAGCGGGGGGGCAUGGGGAUAAGGACCAGGCAGAGAGGCUGAACAUGUCGGUGGACCUUCUGGUGGGCAGUCCGGGGCGCUUGCUGCAGCACGCGCAGCAGGGGCACCUGUUCUGGGGCGACGUCAAGUACCUCGUUCUCGACGAGGCGGACACCAUGUUUGACAAGGGCUUCGGCCCUGAGGUGAAGCAGAUUCUGGGGCCGCUACGGAAUAGGGGGGGAGACAUGCAGGUCGUGCUCGUUACAGCCACCCUUACAAAGGCGGUGAAGCGGCUGCUGGAGGAGGAGUUCCCCGGGAUUCAGCACGUCACCACAACUAGUAUGAAUAAGAAGGUGUCCACGUGCCGCCACGACUUCCUGCCGGUUGCGGGCAACCUCAACAAGAUGGACGUUCUCGUGCAGGUGGCCUCCCCCGCACAAUCUCGUGGGCAGCGCAUGAUGGUCUUCUCCAACACGGUCGCUUCCUGCCGAGCGGCGGAGCACUACCUCAAGGAGGCGGGCCUGCGGACGGUUUCGUACCACGGGGAAGUGCCGUCCGGCGAGAGGAUUGCGAACCUCGAGGCAUUCCGCACGGGCCAGCCUCUGAACCCCUCAAAACGGGACCCAUGGGUGUGGGAGGAGGACUCGGAAGAGGACGAGCCGACCGUUGCUCCCAUUCUAGUUGCCUCCGACUUGGCUGCCCGGGGGCUCGACUUGGAAGUAGAUCUAGUUGUCAACUUCGACUUCCCGAAAAACCCGGUAGACUACCUCCAUAGGUCGGGGAGGACGGCUAGGAACGGGGCGAAGGGGAAGGUGACGAGUUUGGUGACGAGUCGGGAUAGGGUAUUGGCGGACCAGAUAAGAGAUGCAAUCGCGCGGGGGGAAAGCUUGGAGCAGCUCUCGAGCAGCCGCGAAGUCGCGGAGGGGAUGAAGCGGAAACGGAUAGAGGAGCUUAGGAAAGAGAAGGAUAGGGCCGCCGGGGUGACGUCAUCUGUCGGCAGACCGAGGAAAGUUGUGGCUAGCUCCGCGGGGGUGGGGGUCAAGAAAAUAGUGGGGGGAAGAGGGGGGGGCAUCGGGGUUGCGAAGAAGGUGGAGCAGAAUCGGACAGCCAAGAGUCGAGGGGGCGAUGAUAAGCGGCCACCGCUUAUACCGAAGGGGACAAGGGGGGCGGCUAGGGCAGUCGCAAUGGGGAAGCCGGUGGAAGAGAAAGGAAAGAGCCGCUUUGCGAGGGCUGCAAGGCGGUGAUUGUGAAUGACCUCUUGAAACAUUCUGGUUCCCCGUCUUACAUGCGUUGCCGCAGCGAAGUUCUCAAAUGCCAUGCCAUUGAGUUAUGUUGGAUAUGGCUCGUCGAGAUUGGUACGUCG